AUGGGGUUUGAAAAGCUCAUAUCAGUUCUGUUUGUCUCAUAUUUUUGCGUUCUGCAUGUCCUCAUUCUUCACUCAUGCCUUGCUUUGAGGCUGAGUGGAAAUGAGACAGAUCGACUGGCCUUGCUUGAAAUCAAGGCAAGUAUCACCAAUGAUCCUCUUGGAGCCUUGACUUCAUGGAAUGAAACCAACCAUUUUUGCAAUUGGCGUGGUGUCACGUGUGGUCGUCGUCACAAGAGGGUCACGAUUUUGGACCUGGAGUUCUUGAAACUUUCAGGCUCUCUAUCACCACAUGUUGGGAAUAUGAGUUUUCUGAGAGGAAUUUAUCUCAAUAACAAUAACUUGAGCCACAGAAUUCCUCCAGAAAUCGGUCGCCUGUCCAGGUUGCAAGAUAUAGUGUGGGAGAACAAUUCACUGAGCGGUGAAAUUCCCUCUAACUUAUCGCAUUGCUCUCGACUCUUCAGAAUUGCUUUUGCUGGGAAUUUUCUGGAAGGGAGGCUUCCUGCAGAGCUUGGCACUUUGUCAAAGCUAAGAACAAUUUCAGUUCACUAUAACAAACUCACAGGAAGUAUUCCCUACACUUUUGCCAAUUUAUCAUCUCUUGAAUUGAUCACAGCAGCAUCUAAUAAUUUCUAUGGUAGUAUUCCAGAUAUUUUUGGUCGACUCACCAAUUUUAAACAACUUGGUUUGAGUUUAAAUAAUUUGUCUGGUGUGAUCCCUCCCUCACUCCUCAAUCUCUCUUCUAUUAGUGUCCUUGCUGUUUCAGAAAACAAAAUCCAAGGAACUUUACCUCAAAACUUAGGUAUUGUCUUCCCAAGUCUUGAGCAUCUUAAUGUUGGCAAUAACCAAUUUAGUGGAACAAUUCCAGUUUCAUUAUCUAAUGCCUCAAAUUUAAAUUAUCUUGGGUUGCAAGUAAGCAAUUUCGUAGGACAGGUCCCUUCUUUGAAAAAUUUAAAACAUCUUAACUCCUUAAAUCUUGCUUACAACAAUCUUGGAAGUGGGGAAAUUGGUGGCGACUUGGGCUUUCUCUGUGAUUUGACUAAUGCCACCCGUUUACAACGACUGCUAAUUGAUACAAACAAUUUUGGGGGAAUGCUACCUCAAUGCAUAGCAAACUUGUCUUCUUCUCUUUUUCUCUUCCAUGUCAGUACAAAUAAAAUAACUGGAAGCAUCCCAAAUGCGAUCGGAAAUCUGCACAACUUGGAGAGCGUAUGGAUGUCUGAGAACCGAUUUUCAGGUCACAUACCCCUUGAUAUAGGAAAGCUUCAGAACUUGUAUGAAAUAGAUAUUGCUUCCAACUCUCUCUCCGGAAAUAUUCCAUCAACUUUUGGAAAUUUAAGUCAAUUAGGCGAAUUACAUUUAUAUAGCAACAACCUCCAAGCCAAUAUCCCUUCAAGUUUUGUUGGCUGUCACAAUUUAAAACUCUUAUUUCUUGAGGACAACCAUCUCAGCGGUAUCAUUCCCCCACAAAUCAUUGCUCACUCCUCUUAUCUUGGUUUGGAUUUAUCUCAAAAUCGUUUGACUGGUUCUCUUCCCAGAGAAUUAGGAAAUUUGAUAAAUCUGGAGUAUUUAAAUGUUUCUCAAAACAUGUUAUCUGGUGACAUUCCUGCAAGCCUUGGUAGUUGCAUCAAAAUAGAAUCUCUAGACCUCCAAGGAAACUUUUUCCGAGGCACAAUUCCAUCAUCUUUGGGUUCAUUGAGAGGUAUUAAAGCAUUAGACCUAUCUGGCAACAACUUGUCAGGCAUGAUUCCAGAAUUCUUGGAGCGUUUCAAAGUUUUGCAACUUUUGAAUCUAUCUGAUAACAAUUUUGAGGGCAUGGUUCCUAUCAAAGGAGUUUUCAAGAAUGCAACUGCCACAUCAGUUAGAGGAAAUAGUAAACUUUGCGGGGGCAUACCAGAGUUUCAAUUGCCAAAGUGCAAACUGCAACACUCUAACAAGAGAGGAUUGAGCCCAACCAUGAAAUUGAUAAUCUCUCUAGUUUGUGCGGUUCUUGGAGUCACUUUCACACUAGCCUUUUUGUACUUCCGUUACUCACGGAGGGCGAAAAAGGAUCCCACUUCAAGUGAUUCAGAAAAAUUUCUCACCGUGUCUUACCAAAGUCUUCUGAAAUCUACUGAUGGAUUUUCCUCUGCCAACUUGAUUGGUAUGGGCAGUUUUGGGUCUGUUUAUAAAGGAGUGCUUGAGAGAGCUGAAACAACAAUUGCCAUCAAGGUACUCAACCUGGUCCACCGCGGAGCUUAUAAAAGUUUCACUGCUGAGUGUGAGGCCUUGAAAAAUAUUAGACACCGUAAUCUUGUGAAGGUACUCUCGGCAUGUUCGGGUUCCGAUUAUCAGGGUAAUGAUUUCAAGGCUUUAAUUUAUGAGUUCAUGGUUAAUGGGAGCUUGGAUGAAUGGCUGCAUCCAACGCAAAAAAUUGGUGAGAUAAAUGAGAGACCAAGAAGCUUAACAUUUUGUGAGAGGUUGAACAUUGUUAUCGACGUUGCGAUGGCAUUGGAUUAUCUCCAUCAUCAUUGUGAGACGCCAAUAGUUCACUGCGACCUCAAACCUAGCAAUAUUCUUCUCGAUGAGGAUAUGGUUGGACAUGUAGGGGACUUCGGAUUGGCAAGAUUCCUAAUCAAGCCGUUUGAAAACUCUUCUGGUUAUCAAUCAAGCUCCAUUGGUGUAAAAGGAACAAUUGGUUAUACUCCUCCAGAGUAUGGUAUGGGACAUGAAGUGUGGACACAAGGUGAUGUCUACAGUUAUGGCAUCCUCCUGUUGGAAAUGUUUACAGGAAAAAGACCAACCGACGACAUGUUUCAAGGAACUUCAAACCUUCAUGGCUUUGUCAAGGAAGCUCUGCCUGAGCAAGUGAUAGAAAUUGUGGAUCCGGUUCUUGUUCAAGAAAAAGUGGACAGGGAGAUGAGCAGUGCAAACAAUCGUCUUAAUGAGGAUAGCACAAGGGCUCACAUCGAAAUUGAAGAGAGCUGGAUUUCAGUUUUAGAAAUUGGUGUUGCUUGCUCUGCAGAGUUGCCUAGAGAGCGGUUGGAUAUUACUGACGCUAUGGCUGAAAUGUGCCGAAUAAGAAACAAACUUCGAGCAAAUAGAAUAUGCCAAUAG